CUCACGCUAGGUUAACUGCCCCUGAUAAUUUCUCUGUUUUUUCUGUUUAUUUCAGUUUCCACUGUCCCCGAACCCUAAACCCUAUUAUUAAAUUAUCUUGUCCUCUCUUCUUCCCUCCAAAUUUGGCGAGGACAAUUUCCUGUUCGUCGCCGAGAAGACAACGGAAAAGAUUUUGAUAGGGAAUUUGAAAUUACAUUGUUUGUAGAAAUAAGAUUUUUAUUGUAUUUUUUUAAGAUGGUGUAUUGUAGCGCCUGCGGAAGAAAUGUUCCUGGAGUCCGCGACAAUGUGGGCGCCAUUUCCUGUGAUGAAUGCGGUAGAGUUCUGAGGUAUGAUAAUUAUUCAGAAGAAGUCCAAUUUACGAAAACUAAAGAUGGAGGGAGCAAAAUGGCAGGAAAUAUCUUAAGGUCUGUUGAAAGUGAAAACUCAUCAAGACAAAGGUUGUUUGACAGAGCUUAUGAUGAUAUGAUAUUUAUAAAAAAUGGCUUGGGCAUGGGUGAAAAUGUUGCCAUAGUUGACCAAGCUAUGGUGUAUUAUAGAAUAGCAGUUGAGCGAAAUUUCACUAAGGGGCGUAGAACAGAGCAAGUACAGGCUGCUUGUCUUUACAUUGCAUGUCGGGAGAAUAGAAAGCCAUAUCUUCUUAUCGAUUUUUCAAAUUACUUGAGAAUCAACAUUUAUGUGCUGGGUGCUGUAUUUUUACAGCUCUGCAAGGUUUUGAACCUUAUUGAGCAUCCCAUUUGCCAGAAACUUCUUGAUCCAUCAAUUUUCAUUCAUAAAUAUACAGCAAGUUUAGCAGGAGGAAAAAAUAAGGAUAUUUCUGAUGCUGCACUGAACAUUAUAGCUAGCAUGAAUCGUGACUGGAUGCAGACGGGGAGAAGGCCCAGUGGACUAUGGGGUGCAGCAUUAUAUAUAGCUGCACUUUCACAUGGUGUCAAUUGUUCUAAAUCAGACAUCUUGAAAUUGGUGCACGUUUGUGAAGCAACUCUCUCAAAACGUUUGGUUGAAUUUGAGGUUACAGAGUCUGGAAGCUUGACGAUUGAGGAACUAAAUGCAAAGGCAGCAGAACUUAAAGAAAGCUCAACCGAUGAAUCAAAUUUUGUGUUGAAGGCGUCAAGCUCUAAAGAGUUGCUUUGUCAGCACAAGGGUACUACCAGAGUCUCAUAUGCCUAUGGUCUUUGUAAUGAGUGUUAUGCAUUUUUCAUAGGUUUUGAGGGCGGAUCCGAUCCUCCAGCUUUCCAGCGUGCUGAGAAGCAGAGGAAGGAAAAUUCAUCUGCUAACCAUAAGACUAAUGACUCAGAUUUGUUUGAGGAAGAGUUGAACAGUCAGCAUGUGGGCAAAGGUGAAAGACUAAAGUCUUUGGAGUCAGAAAAUGGGGAAGCUGCUCAGCAUAUACCUACUGACGCUGCUGAUUAUGAUAAACUGCAUGAAGAUGAUGAUACAAGUUCUAAAGCUCUUGAUGAAUCAGACAACUUCUCUGAUAUUGAUGAUGCUGAGGUUGAUGGCUACCUUCAUAAUGAGGAGGAGGCGCAGUACAAAAAGAUCAUUUGGGAAGAAAUGAAUCGAGAGUAUCUUGAGGAACAGGCAGCUAAGGAAGCUGUUGCGGCAGCUGCUAAGGAAGCUUGGGAGGCAAAUUUCAAGAAUUGUCCAGAGGAUAUGCAAGCUGCAAAGGAGCUUGAAGCUGCUGUUGCAGCAGCCUUAGCAAAAUCGAAAAAGGAAAAGCAACAAAAACGAGCCGCAGAAGCAAAAAACUCGGGUCCUGCACAGUCUGCUUCUGAAGCUGCCCUUCAAAUGCUGACUAAGAAGAGACUUAGUUCAAAAAUCAACUAUGAUGUACUGGAGAAACUCUUUGAUGAAACUGGCUCCAAGGAUCCAAAGAAACCGCGGACUGAAUCUCAUUCUGACAAUGAAGACAAGGUUCCUGAUCAUUUGGGUAAUGAAAAUGAUGAUUUGGGGCCAGAAAAUGAAAACGAGGAAGAGGAGGAUGCGGAAGCAUAUGACUACAAUAAUGACCCUUAUGAUGAAAAUGCGGAUCAAGAAUAUGCUUAUGAUGAUGGUGGUGGUGGUGGUGGUUAUUCACCAUAGUAGAUAGCCAUUCUUGCUCGUGAUAUUCUUUCAAAUGCUCUUUGAUAAAUGGCUGGAGAGGAACUGAGUAAGGAACCAAUUUUCCUCUCUUUAGUUUAUUUAGACUGUAAAAUAGACUUUUUCUAUUCCUGUAAAAUAGACUCUCUUCCUGUAGGUUUUUAGUUUUUUUUUUUUUUUUUUAAUAAAAACUUUAGAAUUUAUUUAUUUAUUUAUUCUUACAAAGGCCAAGUUCCCCUCUAUUUUGAUUAUGUAAUUGUAGGGGAGCAUGGCAGUCUUGUGAUAAGUCAUAACAUAGUGUAUUCUUAGUAACAUUCUGUAAUUUAUAUAAAUUCCAAUAGUGAAUAUUUUUAUUAAUUAAAUUUA